GUGAAACAACCCCAUUGGACGAGAGACUCGAAUGAUCGGCAUGGAAUUGUUUAGGGAAAUUGUGGGUGGGUGAAUGACCGGGUGAAGAAAAGUUAGUUAUGUAACGAAAUAUACAGUUAGGAGCCUACUGAUGAUUUGAUUGGAUAGAUGAUGAGACUGGUGAUCAGAAAGAAGUAAAUGUAUUUUUAUGAAUAAGAGACGGAGCGAGGAGAGGAUUGCACAUCUGGAUAUGUUGUGUGCUUCAGUUGGACAGACUGGACAGAGCGUAGCUGACACAGCGACGGUGUGAGUGGAGCAGAGAGAACCGAGGAUGGGGGGCGGAGGCCAGCAGACGGAGUCAAGCGAGCCGGCCAAGGGUGACGGGCUUGAGCCCGAUGGAGGGCAAGGUGGCAGUGCAGUCUACACCUGGGAAGAGGUCCAGAGGCACUCCCACAGAAGCGACCAGUGGUUGGUCAUCGACAGGAAGGUCUAUAAUAUUACCCAGUGGGCAAAGAGACACCCGGGUGGCAUCAGGGUCAUCAGUCACUUUGCUGGAGAAGAUGCCACGGAAGCAUUUUCCGCAUUCCAUCUUGAUGCUAAUUUUGUCAGGAAGUUUCUGAAGCCGUUGCUGAUUGGAGAGCUGGCACCGACAGAGCCCAGCCAGGACCAUGGGAAAAAUGCAGCUCUGGUGCAGGACUUCCAGGCCUUGCGUGACCAUGUGGAGAGGGAGGGUCUCCUCCGUGCCCGCCUCCUGUUCUUCAGCCUCUACCUGGGCCACAUCCUGCUACUAGAGGCCCUGGCUUUGGGCCUGCUCUGGGUCUGGGGGACCAGCUGGAGCCUCACACUGCUCUGUUCCCUCAUGCUGGCCACGUCUCAGUCCCAGGCUGGCUGGCUGCAGCAUGACUUCGGCCACCUGUCAGUCUGCAAGAAAUCCAGCUGGAACCACAAACUGCACAAGUUUGUCAUUGGACACCUAAAGGGUGCCUCUGCUAACUGGUGGAACCAUCGUCACUUCCAGCACCACGCUAAACCCAACGUGUUUCGUAAAGAUCCUGAUAUCAACUCACUGCAUGUCUUCGUCCUGGGAGACACACAGCCUGUAGAGUAUGGUAUAAAGAAGUUGAAGUACAUGCCCUACCAUCACCAACACCAGUACUUCUUCCUCAUUGGACCUCCACUAAUCGUUCCAGUGUUUUUCAACAUCCAGAUAUUCCGGACCAUGUUUUCACAACGGGACUGGGUGGAUCUGGCGUGGUCGAUGAGUUUCUACCUUCGCUUCUUCUGCUGUUACUAUCCCUUCUUUGGUUUCUUUGGCUCAGUAGCAUUGAUCAGCUUCGUCAGGUUUUUGGAAAGCCACUGGUUUGUAUGGGUGACCCAGAUGAAUCACCUUCCUAUGGAGAUGGAUCAUGAGAGACACCAGGACUGGCUCACCAUGCAGUUGAGCGCUACUUGCAACAUUGAACAGUCAACCUUCAACGACUGGUUCAGUGGACACCUCAACUUUCAGAUUGAACACCAUCUGUUUCCUACCAUGCCCCGUCAUAACUACCACCUGGUGGCUCCUCUGGUGCGUACUUUGUGUGAGAAACAUGGAGUUCCCUAUCAGGUCAAGACUUUGCAGAAAGGCAUGACUGAUGUUGUCAGGUCACUGAAGAAGUCAGGGGAUCUGUGGCUGGAUGCAUAUCUCCAUAAAUAAAUCCCUUCCUGACUCUGGAUGGGAUUUUAAAUCCAUCGCAGAUUAACAACCUGCGAACAGAGAAGACAUUUCCUAGAUGUUUUUGAUGAUAAUGAUCGCUGCAAACAUUAUUGUGAUAUAAUUGUUUUAAUCCUUGGCAGCAGUGAAUGGGGAUCCAUAGCAUAAAUAGAGGGUUUAUAUAGUAGGGCGAGGCGUUUAAAAAAAACUAAAAACUGUUUUUAUUGACCUAUAUUUCCAGCAUUAUCCACUGGGUUUGAUGCAGGCAGAAAAUCCUAGGAAAUGUUCUGUAAUUGAUACAAGUCUCAGUCAUUCCAGUCUGGUUGUCCGUUCGUUUUUGGUGGAGGGAUCGCAGCAUUCGAAUCUUAAUUUCACAAAGCCUAUAAUUUAGCAGGGAAUACUAUUUGUAGAUGAGUGAUUUUACACCUCGUUUUUCUCAAGCUGAUCGCCUCCAACAGACAAUUCCUGAUCACAGGAAGUUAUAUAAAUGGGGAAAUUAGGACACGUAAAGGAGAAAGACUAUGAAUCCAAGCAGAAAAUAGAAGUGUACAAUAAAAAUCUCUAUCGCUUGAAAUUCCCCGCCGGGAUGCUCAUUGCAGACUACAAUAUAUUCUGCAAAACCUGCAAUUUAGCGUUACAUUUUCAAUGGAGAGACAGGAUAGACAGCCAUCUGAAAUAAUUAUGCCCUCUCAGAAGAAUGCUUCGACCUUGAAACGUUGUGGAGGACAUAGUGAAACAGUCUCGUCCGUACAUAACAAGACAACAUCAAUCAACAACAAUAUUUCACAACGUAAUCGUUGUCUGUUAAUAACAUAUGGGUAUGAUAGGCAUUUUUCUAUCAGAAAAUGUAGAGGGUGAAAUAUAGACUAUUUUCAGAAUACUAAUGGCUCGCCUAUUUUCAUUCACUAUAGAAAUAACCCAAUUUAUCCAUCUCUGUUUUUAACGUCUUCACCCAGCUCUCAUACACAAUGUGUGUCAGUGGAUUUGUCCGUUACUAUGCUUUCCGUUGUGUUUUUACCGGACUGCGGCUCCGUUCUUUACGUGUGUUAAUGAAUAAACGCAAUUUGGGAUUGUCAACUUUUUAGAGAGGGAUGUUGGAGCUUGCAAAAGCCAUAUCCUCAUAAUUUAUUCUAUAGCAAAUUAAAAAUGCCUUACUUUGUUCUUUAA